AACACUGUUCCUAUUGUUUUUGUCCAAGUUGGCGCUCGAUUUUCGCGUUAUUCAUUUAAUUUAAUUGAAAAUGGCAAACAAGAUGGAUAAAUUACAAAAACAAGCCAUCAAGGAGCAGCAGAAACGUAUCCGACCCGGCGAGUGCCUGAAAUAUGUGCGUCUCGUGUUGGACACCGGCCUGCAACAGCAUUCCCUGGGCCAGGAAUUAAUUGCACUGCUGAAUAGAACAGAUUUAAAAUAUGAAAUACGCAGUUUGCCGGCAAGGAAUUGUAUUCUCUGGGAACGUAAUGUGGGCCAGCAGACCUUUGUGGCGGGCUCAGCUGCUUUGGACGAUGCCUGGCAAAUGGAGCCACAAGUUCUGAAAAUCUUUAGUAAGCGGGAAUUUCAGGAACAACAACUGGGCUGCCUUGGAGUCCAACUCCAUGAAGCCUUCACCAUAUCCAACUGUAAGUUCACAGUGAUUGUGCCGCGACUGCGUGGUAACGAGGCAAAUGCAUUGAUUGAGCUGCAGUUGCUGCAACAGCUGCAAGUGGAGCAACUGCCUCCGCCCCAUGCCCAGGAGCUGUUGGGGCUGCUUCAGCGAUACACUAAAGCGAUUGCUGAGACGCCCUUCAAGCGGCAGCGUCAGGCGAUACUCGGCAGCUUCAAAAAGUAUCUGGCCAACGACAACAAACAAUGUGUGCGCGUGGAGCAAGGACAUGGCUUUGGUCGCCUCUGGCAGCAGCAUCUAAAUAGAUUGCCACUCGUCACGCUGGAAGUAGCUGAAUCUAUCAUAGCCCAGUACCCGUGUCCAAAGCGACUGCUGGAGCACUUUCAUAACGAUCCUAAAGAUGCAAUCCAGUUGCUGGCGGACAUCAAGAUCAAACGGAGCAAUGGACCUCAACCAUUGCAGUCGGAGAGGCGGAUUGGCAAUGUGCUCAGCACCAAGCUGCACACUUUGUACAACACCAGGGAUCCGAACACUUUAAUAUAGUCUUCAUCUUCGACUUCAAUGAAAAAAGAACUAAAUAUUUCGUAUAAUCGACAAAGAGCUUAGCUCCCAAUUGCUGAUCUGUGGUCUAAACGACAGAUAAGAUUCAACGAUGAUACUAUAUAUAAUCUGACCUCUGACUGAGAGAGGCUUAUUGAUAAUGAAAUUAGAAGUUGUGAUUGCUUAAAAACAGGAAAUUGUCAAGAAAUAAAAAUUAAUAGUGAGUUAGUUAAGUUAAAUUAAUUAAGUUAAGUUAGCUAAAUUAAUGUUAGUCCAUAUAUUUUUUAAUUAUAAAAUAAAUAUCAUUUACAAAAAUAGAAAGAACAAAUUUAAAAAAAAAA